CAGCGAGUGGCGGGAGAGGGUGACGGGGUAGUGGGUGUUACCGUGUGGAUGGUUGAACAGGGUAAAUGCGUUUGAAAACCGGGGUGGUCCAUACACCUACAAUGCUGCUCACUACACUAUUAAGUGUCCACCUUUGGGAAAGUUUAGAAUUACCGGCCAGCAAAGUGAAAGAAUGGAAGCGUUGCACGAUGUGCUUAAGAACAAAACUCCGACCCCGACAAAAUCCGGCCCCGAAAGAAGAAUUUCUCCGAGAAAGAGGUCCAUAUCGUCACCAGGUACCAGAUCUAGGACCAGUCCGAGUCCUGCAAAAAAGCAGAGAGGUUCCCCUGAUGAGUUGGCUCUGAAAGAGCCUGUUCCGAGCCCGCAUAGAAGGAGGUCGCUGAGACGAUCUGUUCGAAACAACCGGCGCAGGACUCUGCCUUCCAUACACGAUAACGCGGCAGAUCUUAGCAAAGCAAUUAGCUUUGAAUUACCAGAGAGUGAUCGACUUUCUGAACUCCUACAGUCUUGUUUUCAGUUCUCCGUGAAGAAACUUGAAGACUCUUUAAAUAACUCUGAUGGUUUCAACCAAGAAUCUUUCAGAUUAAAAGCGUCAUCGGUCAGACAGAAGCUAAAACGUUUCACAGAACGAUUGUCUCGUGAUGGAACGUUAAAGAAAUGCACAGAGCAGCCAAUCAGUUUUGAAUCCAAUCCAGAGGCAGAAGCUUUAAAAGAACAGAUCAAAGAAUGCAUCUCGAAGUUUUCUCACGAGGGACAAAAAUGGGAUGAGCUGCUCGAGGAUUACAAGCAGAAAGCCGAAGAGUUAUCCAGGCAGUUCACAGAGAAUAAAUUCCCAGAGGCUCAAUCUGCUAGCGUUUCGCAGCUCCCGACCUCUCAAGAUAACAUUAUUCACAGCAAGCCUGAUUAUAGGAGCCUAUUAAACCAGCAGGGGGCAGUGUUCAACUGCAUGGAGCUCGUGUUGGAUCAACUCCAGGGAUCCAUGCAGCUGCUGAACUCAUUCUUAGAAGACACCACGCAGCACCUACAGACAAUGUCAACACAGCUAAAAUCGCAGUCUUUCAAGCCCGUGGAAGACUCCCCUGUCCGGAAAUUUUUGAAGCUGCCCCAGAAAUAAUUGUCAUUUGUUUUUCUUCUGUUGCUCGUUAGGCUGGAUUGGAUGUUUGAAUAUUUCAGGUCCUAUAGGAUGAGCCAUAUGGCUUCAGAUUUGAACAUCUGUGGACUAGACUAAGUAGCCCUAGCUUGUCAGCCAAGUAACUUGGGUUGAUGUGCCUUAAAUGUACAUAUCGGUGAAUUGCUAUUUAAAAAUGCAUUUAAUUGUUAAUGGCUUUUAACUAUUAGAUGUCUAAUAAAAUGCACAGUGAUCAGGA